AUGUCCGAUGUUAAAAUUGAAAUUGAUCGUUCACAUACUGAUGGAGCUUUCACCAAUUAUGAUAUUAUUAAAGGAAAUGUCACAUUAGUGGUUACUAAAGCCAUUACCUUAAAUUGGAUUCAAGUGAAAUUAGAAGGUGAAUCAACGACGCAAUUACUGAUACCUAAAUUUAAUAACAAUAAGAAGAAGAAAGAAAAGGAUAAAAUCAUUCAAGAUAUUCAUAAAGUAUUAUAUGAUACAACAAUAGUUUUCCCACCAGAUAAUGUUCGUCAAGUUAGUCAAGCUAAAGAAUUUACUUUAGCCCCAGGGAAUUAUUCAUAUCCUUUUGAAUUUAAAAUCCCUUUAACUAAUUCUUGUGUUAAACGUGGAGGGAUCACAAACAUGAUUCAUAUUAAUAAGAAAACUUUUGAUAUUAUGAUUAAUAAUGGUAAUUUCAAUAGUGAUUUUGUUAAACAUAAAGCUCAAAAGUAUUAUAAAGAUUAUGUGGCGGGUGGGCAACAACAACAACAGCAACGACCAGAAAUGCCUGCCCUGCCAAAUGAAUUACCUUAUCAUGUAACUACACAAUUACCACCAUCAUUAUCAGGGAUGGGGAAUUUUGCUAAUAUUAAAUAUUAUGUCAAAGUGACAUGUAAACGAUCAUCAUUUUUUAAAACCAAUCUACGAGCUUUUGAUCCAUUUACAUUUUUACCAUUAGAUCUUGAUUCUCAAUAUCGACCCAUAGAAGAACAAUUGGAACAAUAUAAAGAAGCAUUUGUAAGAAAAGAAAUUAUAUUUAUGAAUAAAAUUCCAUCCAUUGUUGGUGUAGAAGUACCACAGAAAACACAACUAGUAUCACAGGCAUCACAGGCAUCACAAAUACAACCUAAAAAGCAAGGAUUCUUACAAAGAUGGUUUAGUUCUGAUUUAAGUUAUAAUACACCCAACAAUAAUACUUCUGGACAUAUGUCAAGGAAAAAUCAACUGAUGAAAUAUCCUAAGAUUACACCAGUUAAUGUUCCAUUUUCAUUUGAAAUUAGAUUUCGACAUCCUGCAUUUUUAACUCCUGGGAAACUGCCAACUUUUAAAUUAUAUCUUGUAUCAACCGUGAAUCCAUUACAAUAUUCAUUAGAUAAAUAUGGUGAACCAGAAGAAUCUAAUGGAUUAGGAGUUGUUUAUUUACAAAAUAUUACUGUUUCAUUAAUAUCUACAACAUCUAUAUCAAUUGUGGAAAAUGAUUCUGGUAUGAAUGAAUUUCAUAUGGGGAAUAAUGUACAAACAAUACCAAUUUGUGAUAAUUCUUAUUCUAAUUUGAAAUUUGAUUUAAUGAAAUGUCGUAAAAAUAAAAAUUCCCUGAUAACAACAACAAGAAAUUCCAAUGAUGCUUGUAUUAAUAAUAAACCAGUGACAAAACAACUUUAUGAAUUAGAAAUCCCACAAAAAUAUUUUGCUAAUUGUAUAUUACCAGAGAAUUUACCACCAAGUUUUAAAACAUGUAAUAUUUCCCGUUCUUAUGAUUUAAUAAUAACUGCUAAAUUUAGUCCUGAAAAGAUAACUAUCACCACUACUUCAUCAUCAUCACCAACAAAUUCCGCCAGUAGUAAUAUGAAAGAAGUUGAAUUAAGAUGUUCAAAUAUUAAAGUAUUAAGUGGAUUACAUUUUGCUGGUGCUCCAAUAACUCAACGACAAGCUAGUGUGAUACUGUCAUUAACUCCACCACCAGCACCAGCACUAGCACCAGCAGCAGGAUCAAGGUCAGGGUCAGCACCCGUGGCAGAAACACAAGAUUCCUUAGGACAAUCAUCUAAAAGUGAAUCGUUCACAAAUGAAGGAGAUGAAAAUUUACCAACUUAUGAUGAAGUAGUUAUAGAACAUAAUUAUCAAGAUAUAAGUGAACAUCAAAGAGCCAGAAGAAGAUAUCAAGAAUUUGGUAUAUAA